GAGCGGUGAAUUAUUACAUGUAACAAUGAAUUUGGCUUUGGAAUACCACAUUUCGAUUUUGAGUUGACAUUGACGGCUUAACGUACGUCGUAGGUAGCUAACGUAGGCUACAGUAUCAGCAACAAGCUAGCUUGUUAGUCUUUACUUGUCCUGAAGGAAUUUAUGUUGUAGCUAGCUGACUAUAAUCCCUGCCAGUGUGCAUAGCCUAAAACAUAUGAAUCACUUUGGUUGUCGAUAUUGAUGUAUUAUCUAAACACACAUGGAGUAUUGAGCUAACGACAGUUAGCUGCUGCUGUCUCAUUAAUUGAUCGACUUUUCCAACCAGCCAGUAUUUUGGACCUGGCCCAGCCUAUGUGGGGAGCAGAAGAGUCUGAGUCAGAGCUGAAGAUGGUCUGAUGGACCUCCGCUUUUUGCUGACUUUCCUCUUCUGCUCAGUCUCGUGGAUCUUCUUCUGGGAAGUGCGCUGGAAGAAAGGCAAAGAAAGUCAGAUUGAAGAAUGGAUUCAAGGCCACAGUCUCUCCGAAUACAAACACUUAUUUGAAGAUGUGGAGACUCUGGAGGAGCUGAGCCUGAGUAUUCUGACUCGUCUGGAGUACGUGGUGAGAGAGAAGCGGCGCUGGAGGGACAUCGCAGAGGCUCAUAUCCAGCUGCUGCGAGACUUUGCCUUCCAGGAGUGGCUCUGCUCUCAGAGCCUUGAGCACUACUAUCAUACACUGAAGACCUUGGGUUGUAUGACUCUGGAUGAUCUAGCCCAGUUUGACAGCCAGUUGCAGCUCUCUCUUGCUGCGUGGGGAUACUACUACGAAGACUACAUCAAGCUGUCCACGGGCGUCAAGGUUCUCCAGGCCUCUAGGGGGAGCCGAGACCAGGACUACGAGAUCCAACUCGUGCACAGCCUUGCUGAAAGGCGCCUGAAUGAGAAGUGGUCUAUCGCGGGAGCUUUUAUAUUUGGCUGUACUGUGGCACUGUGCUUUCUGAUAAGGGACCUCAUGUUUUACGUGAUUGGUGGAAUUACUGUUUCCAUCAUAGCGUUUGUCUUUACCAUCAAGUUCCUAUGUGAGCUUGCUGCGCGGGUGGUUAGCUUCCUGCAGAAUGAGGAUCCCGGGAGAAGGGGUGACCGCAGCAUCUACGACUAUGUACGAGGGAACUACCUGGACCCGCGCUCCUGCAAGGUGUCCUGGGAUUGGAAGGACCCACAGGAAGUGGGCCAGACUAUGAGCUUCCGUGUUCACCUCUUCUACAAGAACGGUCAGCCCUUCCCUGCCCACCGACCCGUGGGGUUAAGGGUCAACAUCACUCACAUAGAGCUGGCCCUAGACAUCCCCAUCACCCAGGAGGUUCUGCAGGAGCCAGAGUCCAAUGUGGUCAAACUGGCCUUCACUGUCCGCAAGGCCGGACGCUAUGAGGUAGCUGUCAAACUGGGAGGACUCAACGUGGCCUACAGCCCUUACUACAAGAUAUUCAAAUCAGGGACAGUGGACCCGUCCAAAACGAAGAUAGCCUACCACUUCUCCACCCUGGUCUUAGUAUAUGGCCAGCAGCAUACCCUGCAGAUCGAGCCUCGGGACGAGUAUGGCAACCCCACCAGUAACUCCACUUCACUGAUAGACGAAGUCAACUACAGCGUCCACGUCCACUCGCUGGGCACGGUGGAUGACGACAGCCUGGAGGAGUACUACUGUAAGUCAGUGUCAUCCAACAAGCAGCUGUGCCAGGUACUGCUGAAAAUCACCCUGAGGAAGAAGGGCUGUUUCCGGGCACGCAUCUCCUAUACCGACCUGCCCCUCAGCAACGGGGAGUUCGACAUCAUUGUUCUCAGUGAGAAUGAGAAGAAGUGUGUGGAGAAGAACGUGUCCACCACAGGGAUCAGCAUCUACUUUGAGGCGUACCUGUAUGGCUCAGGGAACUACAGUAACUACAGUAACUCCUCGUGGCAGCUCCCAGCCUCGGCUCUGAUGGCCCCUCAGAGACGGCCCUCCAUGGGGGACGAGGAGGACGAGCAUGACUCCCCUGUAGAGGGCCAGCCGGACAAGGUCAAGAAACCAAAAAAGGUCUACUGCUACAUAUCGCCAAAGCAACUGUCAGUGAAGGAGUUUUACCUGAAAAUCAUUCCAUGGCGCCUUUUCACCUUUCGAGUUUGCCCAGGGACAAAGUUCACAUACUAUGGCCCUGACCCCGUUCACAAGUACUUGACUCUUGUGGUGGAUGAUGGGAUCCAGCCGCCAGUGGAGCUGAGCUGUAAAGACAGAAACAUCAUGGCUGCCACCUUCAUCCGUUUCUUGCACAAGAAUAUCGGUGGCUCGGAGACAUUCCAGGACAAGGUGAGCUUCUUCCAGAGGGAGCUCAGACACAUCCACUCCAAGAGACCUCGCACCAAGACCUGCCUGAAGAUCACACGCCACUGCAUCCUGGACUCUUCUCUGAAAGCCACCCGGAACUUCUCCGUGUCGGACUGGAGUAAGAACUUUGAGGUGGUGUUCCAGGAUGAGGAAGCUCUGGACUGGGGAGGGCCGCGAAGGGAGUGGUUUGAGCUCGUCUGUAAGACCCUGUUUGACACCACCAAUCAGCUGUUUACUCGCUUCAGUGACGACAACCAGGGCCUGGUCCACCCCAACGCUGAGCGGCCGGUCCACCUGCGUCUGAAGAUGUAUGAGUUUGCGGGGCGCGUGGUGGGGAAGUGCCUGUACGAGUCAGCCCUGGGCGGGGCCUACAAGCAGCUGGUCCGCGCUCGCUUCACCCGCUCCUUCCUGGCCCAGCUCAUCGGACUCAGGAUGAACUACAAAUACUUUGAGACGGAUGAUCAGGAGUUCUACAAAACGAAAGUCUGCUUCAUCCUAAACAAUGAUGUCAGUGAAAUGGACCUGGUGUUUGCUGAGGAGAAGUACAAGUCAGGACAGCUGGAGAAGGUGGUGGAGCUGAUAUCUGGAGGAGCUCAGAUUGCUGUCAACAAUGAGAACAAGAUGCAUUAUCUGAACCUGCUGGCCCAGUACAGGCUCGCCAGUCAGGUGCGAGACGAGGUGGAGCACUUUCUCAAAGGUUUGAAUGAACUUGUUCCGGAGAACCUCCUGGCCAUAUUUGAUGAGAAUGAGCUGGAGCUGUUGAUGUGCGGUACAGGGGACAUCAAUGUCCAGGACUUCAAGGCCCAUGCUGUGGUCGUAGGAGGGUCGUGGCACUUCAGAGAGAAGGUGAUGAAGUGGUUCUGGGCCGUGGUGUCCAGCUUCACCCAGGAGGAGUUGGCUCGCCUGCUGCAGUUCACCACCGGCUCCUCCCAGCUUCCCCCUGGGGGCUUCAACACCCUCUGCCCCUCAUUCCAGAUCAUUGCUGCUCCCACACACAGCACCCUGCCCACCGCACACACCUGUUUUAACCAGCUUUGCCUCCCCACCUAUGAUUCCUAUGAGGAGCUGCACAAGAUGCUGAAGCUGGCCAUCAGUGAGGGCAGUGAGGGCUUCGGCAUGCUCUGAGUGGCCCUAUCCCUGGAGCUCACUCCCAGACUCUGAGUGGCCCUAUCCCUGGAGCUCACCCCCAGACUCUGAGUGGCCCUAUCCCUGGAGCUCACCCCCAGACUCUGAGUGGCCCUAUCCCUGGAGCUCACCCUCAGACUCUGAUUGGCCCUAUCCCUGGAGCUCACCCUCAGACUCUGAGUGGCCCUAUCCCUUGAGCUCACCCUCAGACUCUGAGUGGCCCUAUCCCUUGAGCUCACCCUCAGACUCUGAUUGGCCCUAUCCCUGGAGCUCACCCCCAGACUCUGAGUGGCCCUAUCCCUUGAGCUCACCCUCAGACUCUGAUUGGCCCUAUCCCUGGAGCUCACCCCCAGACUCUGGUCACACUGUGGUCCUGCUCAUACAGCAGUGGGGUACCAAUGACACCAGCGCCAACCAGGCCCCUGGUACGCCUGUUACCCGCUCCAUCCGCUUUGGACAAUGGACAUCCCUCCUUGACUCACACGGACUACCCAUGAUCCUCUUUCAGCGGUAGAGGGCAUUAAAGCAAUUCCACAGGAAGUCCAGUAGGCUCUGGGAUGUCGUCAGGUGUCUGCACUAUGUGUAUAUACUGUACAAUGUUUGCUUUUCUAAUGAAGAACAUGACCUAGUGUUAGAAAAGGCUGGGUAGUUUUAUUCUAGAUGUUAGAGUUGUUUAAUUUGACGUUUUUGAGACAGAAUAUAGAGCUAGUUAAAGAGCCUAGUGAGCUUGGUGUUUUUUUGGGGGGGGGGGGGGAGCUGAGGAAGAUUUAAAUGCAAAAGCAGCCUACACAAAGUGUGGAGAAGCUGCACACCCCAUAGCACUUUGGCCUUACCUGAUCAGGGAAGGAUGUGUGUGUAUAUACUGUGAAAAGUAUGAAAAUGGAUGUACUCAUACUUUAAGUCGCUCUGCUAAAUGAUUAAAAUGUAAAAUGUAUAUACAGUAUAUAUUAUAUCCCUCUUUCAUUUCAAUGUGUACAUGCAUGUUAAAGGGUUGUCAUAGCAACAGUUCAGAUAUAGUUUCAAACAGAAGGGACGAAAGGUACCUGAUAGAUCUUUGAGGUCAUACUUUUUUAUUGGUGGGAGUUUAACACAUUACAGCUGAUUUCAUUUAUUUUUUAGUUAUCAUCGUUUCACAUCCACAAUUGACUUCAGUUUACAAAUACAUGGGUUUUCAAAAGAACUAACCGUUUGCUACCCCAUGUCAGUGUGUCUGUUUUAACUUAUGGACUGAUUUAUGUUGUUUUCACCCAUACCGUUGAUGACAAUGCUAUUUGUCUUGAGCCAUAACAGUUUUUUGUUUUAAAACCUGCCUUAUUCAAGCCCUUUGCCUCUGACUUAAUCUGGAGAAGUGUGUAGUUAAACGAAGCCUAGACUAGCAAAAGUAUGACAACAGGGAUAUUACUGUUGGUAGUUUUUGCAGUGGAAGUUUGACAUGGGAAUAUCAAUCGGAUGUUAACCUUGAGUUUCCGAUCUCUUCACACGUUAUCUUGAUAGCUGUCAUGUCUUGUGCUCUUGACUGUUGGGUUUCAUUCACUGCCUUGUCUGGGUUUACCUCCGAAUCUCAUCUAUGCAUCCCCUGUGUGUGUGUCCCAGCCCAUGGUUGUGUGAUCUCAGUUGCCUCCUCUCUAACUACUACCCAUAGUGUGCUGUCUCUGACUCCUACAACUCGGUAGAUAAGCCACCUGAGUAAGGGAUACUGAGACAGGAAACACAAGAUGAAUAUUUCUUCAGGAUUGGAAAAAGUACCCAAUUUUCAUACUUGAGUAAAAGUAAAAAAAUAUUUGAGUUAGUAUAUUUUAAACAUCAAAAGUAAAUGUAAUUGCUAAAAUAUACUUAAGUGUCAAAAGUAAAAGUGUAAAUGAUUUCAAAUGAAGGUAACAAGAUGGCACCAUUUUAUAGUUGUUUUAUUUAUUUAGGCAUGGCCAGGGUCACACUCCAACAUUCAGACAUCAUUUACAAACUAAGCCUGUGUGUUUAGUGAGUCCACCAGAUCAGAGGCAGUGAUGGGAUGACCAGGGAUGUUCAAUGGAUAAGUGUGUGAAUUGGACCAUUUUCAUGCCCUGCUAAGCAUUCAAAACGUAACAAGUACUUUUGUGUGUCAAGGUAAAUGUAUGGAGUAAAAAGUACAAUAUUUUCUUAAACAAUGUAGUGAAGUAAAAGUAGUCAAAUAUAUAAAUAGUAAAGUACAGAUACCCCAUAUUGCAGUGUGCAGCUACCCACAUGUACAGGCUAUUUAGGAAAGCCAACAUCUAGAACAUAGCACAGUAGCCUAAAGCAGACACAUUCUUAUGCAAUAUUAUUGUAUUUUUUGUAUUCACCUGAAUCUUUAGCCUCACAACUUACCACAAAUGCAAACCCACGACGGGUUACGUUAUUGUUAUUCAACUCUCCUAGCAUUUGCAGCCACUAAGAGAUUUGCACUUAAUUUAACAUCACCUCACUCUUGUUGAACAGGAUACACAUAUCACUUCCCAAGCUCCUCGUACUAACAGAAUAACUUUACCUUAUUGGGAACCUCUUAAGGGUGCUGGGUUUUUGUUAUUGCUGCUGGGGUUGACUGCACACACCUCCCAGUCACUCAGAAUUUCUCUUUUGAGACACAGUGAGCUUUCAUCCUCCACCAUGAUUUGCCUAGGGCAAAGUCUUAUAGGGAUACUUCUGGAUUUUGGCAAUGAGGCUCUUUGUCUACUUUCCCAGAGUCAGAUGAACUCGUGGAUACCAUUUGUAUGUCUCGGUGUCCAGUUAGAGGUAGUUUCCCGAUGCUAACUAGCUUCAGUGCAAUGACUGAAAGUCUAUGGGUAUUGAAAUGGUAGACUAAUCAGAUGACCUAGUCAACUAAAAUGGUAGCUGCUGUCAGACACAAGACUUGGCAGAAGUAGCAUUGCAUUGUACUAUAGGAAUCGCGAUAUUAAAUAUUCUUAUACAAAACAUGUGCAUUUACAAAAGUGUAAAUAGUUGAAAUGCAGUUCAGAUUUUUAAAAAUGAAGAUGUAAAAAGAAACUGAUUUUAAAGUUAUUGUUCAGAUAGUGUUUCACUCAUAAGCAGGUCCUGCUCUCAGUGUUUAAGAUUCCAGUUCAAGUGAUGGGGAAAGCUCAGUGGUUGGUGUGGUUUGGUUUUGGAUCGAUGUACAUAUUGUGACAUAGUUGCCUACAGCUUGGAGGUGGGAAUUUUUUAUGUGUCAAAUAAAUGACAACACUGUGGGCUGAUGGAUGGCAGGGUUCCUGCUCUGCAGUCCCUUUAUUGUUCAUGGAAUUAAAACGUGAUGGAGAUUAUUA